AUGAAGCCUCCCAGGCUCAUGGCCCCACUUGGCCGGGACGCGCCCUCCGUCCCCACGUCCUCCUGCUCUUCAGGCGAGCACUCCAGAUCUGACCUUCCCUCCUCCGACGACUCCUCUCCGGCGUCCUCCCCGGCUCCGGCCCAGAACCGCCCCCAUGAGCCGCCCGCCGGACCCGCGGAGCUCCGCCGCUCCUCUCCAUCCUUCCCAGGCCUCGGGGUGGCCGGAACCAAGCAGCCGCCGGGGUGGGAUUCAAAAUCGCCACCCCCGUCGCCUAUCCCCGUCCACCAUACACCGCUCCUUCUGUCUUCGGGGGAAGAGACAAGGAGAGUGCCGCCGAGGUUCUUCUUCCAGACCUGGUGGUUUGGUGUUCCGGGGUUUGGGGACCUCCUUAAGGCAAAGCUGGGCAGCUUCAUCUCGGGGCUGGGCCCACAUAGGUGCUACAUAGAGCUUUGGCAGUGUGUGGCCCGUAACACUCGGCAAUUCCUCAAGGGGUGGGGAGCCAACCUGGGCAAGGAGAAGAGGGAUUUUAAGGAAAACCUACUCCUACAGGUCACCCAGCUGGAUAGGGUGGCCGAUGACACAGGCCUUGAUGAGGAGGGGUGGGCGCUUAGGUAUCACCUUGAAGACCAACUUUCGGCCUUAGACAGGGCGGACGAGGAGUACUGGCGCCAACGUAGUCGGGUCCAAUGGACGCUCAAAGGGGACUCGUGCACGGCGUACUUCCAUGCCAUUGCGAAUGGGCGCCGGCGGAAGUGCUCGAUCCCUAGGCUGUCCACGGACCAUGGGGAGAUCCAUGAGCAGCGGGAGCUCAUGGAACACAUCUAUUUGUUCUACCAGGGGCUUAUGGGAUCGGAGGGGGAGACCAGGAGGUUUGCCCUGGGUCCGCACCUUUGGGAUGGGAACCAUAAGGUGUCUCCGGAGGAGAAUCAUGACCUCGAACUGACUUUUACUGCGGAGGAGCUGGACGAGGUGCUAGCGGGCAUGAAACAGGACUCGGCGCCGGGCCCAGACGGCCUCCCGGUGCUUUUCUUCAAGAAGUUCUGGGGAACACUUCGAGGACCGAUCCUGCAGAUCCUCAACGACUUCUCCCUAGGGAGGGUUGACGUGGCGCGCCUUAACUACGGGAUUAUCACCCUGAUUCCCAAAGUUAAAGGGGCUGAGAACAUCAGACAGUUCAGACCUAUCACGCUCAUCAAUGUUAUCUUUAAGUUUGUGGCUAAGGCGUACGCGACUAGAUUAGCUCCGGUGGCGCAUAGAGUUAUAGAUCGCUGUCAAUCCGCUUUCAUUAGAGGGCGCUGCCUGCACGAGGGGGCCCUGGCCUUACAUGAGAUUGUGCACGAGCUACACGUCAGGAAGCAAAAGGGUUUGCUCCUGAAGCUUGACUUUGAGAAGGCUUACGACAGGGUAAAUUGGGACUUUCUGCAGGAGAUUCUUCUGAGGAAGGGGUUCUCCGCGAUGAUGGUCCACCGUUUGAUGCAGUUGGUCAGGGGUGGCCAGACUGCGAUUAAUGUCAACGGGGAAAUAGGGCAUUUCUUCAGGAACAAGCGCGGAGUGAGACAGGGAGACCCACUCUCGCCGAUUCUCUUUGAUUUCCUGGUGGAUGGCCUGGCAGCGAUCAUUGCCAAGGCUAAUUCCGCUGGCCAUGUCAGGGGACUGGCCCUGCUCCUAUGUUUUGAGAACAUGUCGGGUCUGAAGAUCAAUUUCGACAAGAGCGAGGUUGUGGUCAUGGGGGUCUCCAGGACGGCUCAACAACGGGUGGCCAACCUCCUCAAUUGUCGCCUGGGCAAGUUUCCGAUUAAAUAUCUGGGAUUGCCUAUUAGUGAUAGACCGCUUAGGGUAGCGGACUGGGGUUUCCUCCCCGAGAUUGUGGCUCAUAGGGUUGAACCUUGGCAGGGGUUGUACCUUGGGGCGGCGGGGCGCCUGGAGCUGACCAACUCCUGCUUGUCUAGCCUCCCUUUGUUCGCUAUGAGCAUGUACCUGCUCCAUGACGGCACGCACAAGGCUAUGGAUAGACCGCGCUCACGCUUCUUUUGGGAGGGCGUGGGGGAUAAACGCAAGUACCACAUGGUGGACUGGGCCACGGUGUGUAAACCCAAGGUGCUGGGGGGCCUAGGGGUGAUGAACACCAAAUCCAUGAAUAUCGCCCUAAUGGUGAAAUGGAUUUGGAAGCUCUACCAAGGAGCGGAAGGUCUUUGGGCAGACCUGAUCAGGGCGAAGUACCUGCGGGGCAGGGAUCUCUAUGUGGGAGAGGUUCCGACCCAUGGCUCCCAGUUCUGGAAUGCGAUACAAAAGGUCAAAUGGCACUUCAAACUGGGGGCAAAACAUCGGGUUCGGAACGGGAGAAGAACCUACUUCUGGACUGACUGGGUGCUCGAUGGGGUGCCAGGGGAAUGGCGCCUCCGCUUCAGGCGACAAUUUGGUCUCGCCGAAACUGUGGAAUGGGACAACUUGUGCAGGGAGGUACAGGGACUUCCUUUAAGCACGGAUGAUGACGAGGUCUCUUGGGCCUUGGAGCCGUCCGGAAUCUACUCCACUAGCUCUGUUUAUGCUAGGUUGGCGCAAGGGGCGGCGACCGCAUCGUUCAAAGAUGUGUGGAGAACCAGAGUACCACCAAAGAUUAAGGUGUUCCUCUGGCAAUUGAUCCGGGGGCGGCUGCCCUCGGGGGAGCAGCUGCUUAAGCGGCAUGGCCCUUCCAAUGGGAUGUGUGCGCUUUGCGGGGCCUGGGAGGACUGCAACCACAUCUUCUUCACCUGCCCAUUAGCAAGACUUAUGUGGGCUGGGGUGAGGGAGCUUCUUUCGUGCGACUGGAACCCGGCAGGGGCUGGGGACUUCAUUGCACUUUCUCAGGGCUUGUCUAACCCCCUCCGUAGGCUAGCGUGGUUCACAUUUGCGGCUCAAUGUUGGACGCUUUGGAACAUACGUAAUAAGCUAGCCAUUGAGGGAAAGCUUAUCGGCAACCCGGCUGACAUCUUCUACCAACUAUCUUUACAUAUGCAGUGUUGGAGGGUUCUGGUCAGACCGAGGGACAGGGACUUGCUGGACUUGGCGGUGGGCGGCGUCAGGAGGCUCUACGCGCGGACGCGGUCUGAGGCGACAUGA